AUGACACUUGAAAAUUUAGCUGUGGAAGUAUCACAACUCACAUCGAUAACCCAAAUUACGUUUCCCUCCUUCAUUGCUUGGAUUUUUGGUAGCUGGUUAGUGGUUGGCGAUUCUUUAAUUGUGGAGGUUGGUGUUGGUUUCUGGGUUUUUGUUUUUGCCUCUGAAGCUGGAGCUGGAUUUCUUGUUUUCCUCCACUAUUUUGGCUACUGCUGCUGCCCACAGUCUCUCCUUUGUCAAAUAAUGUUUGUUGCAUAUGGCUAUAACUUAAAAGACAGUGGAUUAGAAAGUCUGUGCAACGUGAGCUAUAAACUGGUCGCAAAAGUUUUAGCGAAUACGCUAAAAUCUAUUCUCCCUUCUAUCAUCUCGGACAACCAAAGCGCCUUUGUUCCCGGUAGGCAGAUCUUUGACAACAUUAUGGUGGCUCAAGAGACUAUGCAUUUUCUAAAGAAUAGGAAAAAAGGGAGGGAAGGGUUUAUGGCCUUACAGCUUGACAUGAUGAAGGCCUAUGAUCGGGUUGAGUGGAAGGGAUGUAGGAAUAUUCAGAAUAUCCUUCAGCGCUAUAAGAAGGCUUCUGGUCAGAAAGUGAAUUUACAAAAGUCUUCCUUAUUUUUCAAUGCUAAUACUCCAACAGCUAUAAGGAGACAGAUCCAAACUUUUUUGGGUAUUUCGUUGGUCAUGGGAGUGGAUAAGUAUUUAGGUGUUCCUAUUAUGUGUGGGAGAUCAAAGGGGGGCUUUUUUGACGAUAUCAUGGAUAGAGUCCAGAAGAAAUUAAACAGUUGGGGUAGCAAGUGCUUAUCCAGGGCCGGUAAGGAAGUGUUGAUUAAAGCGGCAAUUCAGUCAAUUCCAACCUAUAUAAUGAGUCGUUCAAGGCUGCCUCAGUCUCUUUGUCAUCGUAUUUCUUCAAUGAUUAGAAGGUUUUGGUGGGAUAAUGGAGACUAG